ACCAGUAAAUACUGGUGUGAAGCAAUGUUCCAGUACCAUUUCUGAGAAGUGCAGUGAAGGAGCAUCGUCAACAGUUUUUCCGUUGGUGGUGUGUGUGAUGCCUGCGAUGCUGUUGGCAUUUUGUGUCUGUCUCCUCCUAGCAUCACCAUCCCUUGGGGUCCCAUUAGGUGAACCUCACAAAAGAGUCAGGAACAAGCUGCUUCUGGUCUCCUUUGAUGGAUUCCGCUGGGACUAUGACCGAGAUGUGGACACCCCCAACCUGGACAUCAUGGCCCAGGAUGGUGUCAGGGCCACUUACGUGACGCCCCCGUUCAUAACCAUCACCAGUCCAGCGCACUUCACCCUGCUUACAGGUCGGUACAUUGAGAACCAUGGUGUUAUACAUAACAUGUGGUUUAAUACCACCACUCAAGAGAAGAAACAGUACUAUAUGACACAGUUUGUUGAUGAGUGGUGGGACAAUGGCAGUCUGCCCAUCUGGAUCACAGCACAGAGGCAGGGUCUGAAGGCCGGCUCUCUGCACUUCCCUGGAACAGCAUCCCUAUACCAGGGGGAGAAGGUUCAAGUUGGAGAAAUGGAGCCAAUAUUUUACAAUCACUCUAAUGAGACAGCUUGGCAUGAGAAAGUGGAUAAAGUCAUGGGUUCCUGGUUCAGCGAACAGGACCUGGAUUUUGUGUCGCUGUAUUUUGGGGAGCCGGACAGCACAGGGCACAAGUAUGGACCGGAUUCCCCGCAGCGUAGGGAGAUGGUGAAGCAGGUGGACCGCACAGUGGGAUACAUCCGCCAGGCAGCCCAGAAGCAUGGGCUCACUGACAGACUCAACAUCAUCAUCACUGCUGACCAUGGCAUGACCACAGUGCUCAGGAAUGGCCUGGUCAAGGAGAUCAUCAUAUCUAAGAUCCCAGGUUUUUCAUUUAAAGAUAUUAAGUUCCAGCUGCUGGAUUACGGCCCUAUCGGCAUGCUACUUCCAAAGGAGGGAAUGCUGGAGAAAGUAUACAAUGCCCUGAAAGGUGCACAUCCUAAUCUCCAUGUCUACAAGAAGGAAGACAUGCCCAGUUACCUUCAUUACUCCAACCACCCUCGCAUUCUGCCUAUCGUACUCUUCGCGGAUCCAGGAUUUGUUAUUAAUGGGCUGUUCCCCGUCCAGUUUAAUAAGGGGGAACAUGGAUUUGACAACCAAGCUAUGGACAUGAAGCCAUUUUUCCGGGCAGUGGGACCGGACUUCCACAGAAAUCUAGUGGUGGGCCCCUUCGAGACAGUACAUGUGUACCCCCUCAUGUGUCACUUGCUGGGCAUCACACCUGAAGUCAACGACGGCUCAGUAGACGCCACACGACACCUGCUGGCCUCUUUUAAGGACUCGAGCCCGGCUGAGCGUUCGGAGCAGGGAGCUGUCUCUAGGGCCCUCAUCGGUCUGGGAGCAGUGGCUGGGUUUCUGGCACUUGUGUUUGUGGUGGCCGUCUCUCACAGCACGUAUAAACGGCGGCGCGGCAAUCGCAGCUGCGAGGGAGGUGUGGACACUGAGGAAAAAGACGGCAUCAGCACACAAACAUCCUUCUAAAUACUUGCUGCACCCGAGCAGGAGAAAAUGAGAGACGAGUGGCACUUCACAAGACUGAGGAUCCCCAUCUCCAAGAUCUUCUAAGCCCCCUCCCCCCCAAAAUAAUGUCUGCUGUAGCAUUCUGAUGACUCUGCAUUUUCUUUAACUUCACAUUUAUGGUUUCAGGCAUAUAUAUAUAUAUAUAUAUAUAUAUUUAUUUUUUAUCCUUUUUUAAUUUAUUUUGCCAACAACACAAAACACUUACUACACAUGGCACAAAAUGUGUAUACUGAAUAUAAAAUCAAAUUGGCAUCAGUAACUGUUUAUAGUUAAAGAAAUGAGCUUAAUGUUUGUUAAGUGAAUAUUUCCGCUACACUAUGUCAAUCUGUCCAUCCAUCCAUCCAUACAUCCAUCUUCCAUAAAUGCUUACCCAGGAAACAGGGCAUGAUGCAGGAGACACCAUGCCAACCAAUUCCAUGAUUUGCAUCAAAAUUAUACCUUAUACUUAUGAAUCCAUUCAGGGUCAAAUAUAUGUAUUUUAUAUAUUGCCAGCAGGGAUAUUACAGAAGACAAAGCCUUGUGUAUCAACGUAAAAUCAAAUUCUUGCUCAGAUUUUCUUUAACCAUGAAAAUUAAGCAAUUAUACAGAAUUGUCACUGUCAAAGGAACAUUCUGCAACUGGACCCCAUUACAAGAAACAUGUAGGUUUCCCCAAUUAAUGCAAAAUGCAGUCAAGUAAAGUUGUUAAAGACAAACCAUGUAUGCAUUAUAACUGAAGAUAUUUCUUACUAAUUAGUUAACUACCAUGGAGAAUUAGCCCUUGAUAAAAGGUAUAUCGGUGAGCCAUAAACUUGUUCAUUUCAUUCAAUUUAUUGUGAGCUGUGUACAUAAAAAUACAUAUAAUAUGGCAUGAAAUGUAUUGUCACACAGAUUACCUCGAAAAUGUUCCUUUUUGCAUUUAUUUACAUGUUAAAAUAAAGCAUUUUGCCUGCAAAAUUUUGCAAUAUUCUAAAUUCUAAAUAAAGAAAUAUGAGUAAAAUGUAAUUGUUGCCAUCUAAUAUUCUGAAAUAUUCUUGUACUGAAGAGCUAACUAUGGAGUUCACUAUAAUCAUACUUUAAUAGAGGUGGGAAAAAAUAUCGAUUUUAUGAUUAAACGCAAUCCUGGCUUUGACAUUCACUAAAUCUCAAGAUCGAUCUAGUUAAUUUAUGCCUCUUCCCAUGACUUUCAAAAUAUUUUCAAUGAAUUUUCCUCGUAUCAGUCCUCUUAUCUUAUCAUAUAGGUGGUGCUACUUUCUCUCUCCCCUAUAGGAAGGUUCCAAUAGUAUUGCGCAAUCGCCUCACACCGCCAUCUUGGUGCAUUGUCAGUAAUGGUAGUGAAGGCAAACAAGUCUAGUAGGGCUUUAUUUUCACACCAGUCAUAUUCAGUGCACUGCUUAUGGUGACGCGAAAUAAUGUUAACGAAAAGCAAAAUAAAUAAAAUGCAAUAAUGGCAAACGAGGUAAAGAGAAAACAGAUAUUAAUGGAUGUGGCCUGCUCUCAGUUAUGAGAAUAUUGGUAAUUAUCUGUUUUUUCAAUUGUCGUGGGUAACACUGAAGCAAAUGAAAGCGACUGUAAGUCUGCAGGUAUAAUGCACACUUAUUUGUAGCUGGAUACAAGAACGGCAGAGGGAAGGGUGUGGAUGAAAUAUUUCAGUAUAUUCACGGACAAGUACAAUAAUCUCAUGCUUAUUAUUAAAUGUAGUUUUUCGUUAUCUUGUUAUUUUCGUCAUGUAAUGGUGGUAUUAAUGCUACGGUGCGGUACCUUUUGUCAUAUAGUUUUUACAACAAAUCUGGACAUUAGUGAAUGUGUCAUAAAUGUACUGUAAAUUGAAUAGAACUGAAAUUGAAUGCAGUUGGGCACUUGUGAAUCAAAAAUUAAUCGAAUUGUGAGGUCAGGGCUAAGCAAUGCCUGUAUGUUCCUCAAAUAAAAAAGAUUCUAAUUUAUGUUUUGGCGUAUACCUUUAACUUAAAGUCCGUCUGAAACAUGGCAUAUGAGUUUUAGACUUGCCCAUGUUAUUUCAGUAAGAAGUCAUUUUUGUGCUUUGAAAGAGACAGGUUGGUUUUGUU